UCUGAGGCUUUUCUGCACUGUCUUGUCUCCUUCAGCAGAAGAAGGCAGCUCAGCAGAACAAACCGGAGCUCUUCAGAGACCCAGACACCCUCGAGAAGCGAUCAAAGAUUCCCAUCAAGCUGAAACGAUGGGAGCCUGUCAGAGCUUCAGGGAGAUGUGCGACCGCACAAAAAACACUAACAUCCGCCUCAGCCUCCCUGCAGUUUGUGUGGUGUGGCAAACAGCCAUGAUCAUCCUGUUUGGAGUUUUUAUUCGGUACAACGAGGAAGCAGAUGCACACUGGGUAGAGCACAGAAAAGCCAAAAAUAUAAGUGACAUCGAGAAUGACUUCUACUUCAGAUAUCCAAGUUUCCAGGACGUACAUGUGAUGAUCUUUGUGGGGUUUGGCUUCCUGAUGACAUUUCUGAAGCGUUACAGCUUCGGUGGAGUGGGCUUCAACUUCUUGAUUGCCGCCUUCGGUAUCCAGUGGGCGCUGCUGAUGCAGGGCUGGUUCCACUCCCUGGACUACACUGAUGGGAAGAUCAAAAUUGGGGUUGAAAGCUUGAUCAAUGCAGAUUUCUGUGUGGCUGGAUGCUUGAUCGCCUACGGAGCGCUGCUGGGAAAAGUCAGCCCAGUCCAGCUGUUGGUCCUCACUCUGUUUGGCAUUACACUGUAUGCUGUAGAAGAAUAUAUCAUCCUGAGUCUCAUCCAUGCCAGAGACGCAGGAGGCUCCAUGGUGAUCCACACGUUCGGAGCUUAUUACGGUCUGUCCAUUUCAUGGAUGCUCUAUCGUCCAAAUCUGGACCAGAGCUCCAGCCUGCAGCGCUCCGUCUACCACUCAGAUGUCUUCGCUAUGAUUGGUACCCUGUUCCUGUGGAUGUUCUGGCCCAGCUUCAACUCGGCCAUCGCGGACCAUGGGGACGGGCAGCACAGAGCAGCCAUCAACACCUACCUGUCUCUGGCUGCGACCGUGCUCACUAGUUUUGCUGUUUCAAGCCUCUUCCAGAAACAUGGAAAACUAGACAUGGUUCACAUUCAGAACGCCACGCUCGCCGGAGGCGUGGCGGUGGGAACGGCAGCAGAGUUCAUGCUGAUGCCUUAUGGGUCCCUUAUUGUGGGGUUCUGCUGUGGGGUUGUGUCCACGCUCGGUUACUUCUUCCUCACGCCCUUCCUGGAGAAGCAUUUGAAGAUCCAGGACACGUGUGGAAUCCACAACCUGCACGCCAUGCCUGGGGUCAUCGGGGGUAUAGUUGGAGCCAUCAGUGCUGCAGCUGCUUCAGAGACGGUUUAUGGGCACGAAGGGCUGGUCAACACCUUUGACUUUGAGGGUGAAUUCAAGCACAUGGUUCCCACAGUACAGGGAGGACACCAGGCGGGAGGCCUCUGCGUGGCUCUCUGCUUCGGUAUCGGCGGCGGCAUCAUUGUCGGUGCAAUUUUAAGAUUGCCAAUCUGGGGGGAUCCUGCAGAUGACAACUGCUUUGAUGAUGAGGUUUACUGGGAGGUGCCAGAAGAUGAGGAGAGCGCCCCACCGACGCUGCAGUACAACAACCACUUUCGCAACAAGGACGUAGUGGAGUCAAAUUUCACAGUGGAGCAGGACGCCAGGACACGAUCAUGAACACUCAACCAGUUUUAUUUAUUUUAUUUUUCUGAUGCAUGGGAAUAUUCAUAAAUGAUGGAAGAAAUGUUUUAGUUUGAAUAGUAAAUAUUCACAUUUUUGCAUUGGCUUGCCUCAUUCCAGAACUAAAAGGUAAACUGAAUGAUGGGAAACUUGAUCAUUCUUUACUUUGCACCAUCUUCCUUUUAGACUCGGCCACUUUGCACAUGUGAGACUUAUCUCAGGUUUCUUAUUUUAUGUUUUCAAGGUUUUCUUGUGUGUGCAAUGAAACAAAUAG